AGAGAGAGAAGGAGACAGCUGGCGGUUUCCCAACAGCCGCAACCGGCUACCAUCCACUGCAACGGCAAGCAGCCAGUUUCAGUCCGUCUGUCCCCACUCGAAGAAUUUUAUCCGGUUAUUUUUCUGCUUUUCGUUGAAAAAACCCAAAUCCGAAACUCUCUCUCUCUCUCUCUCUGUCUCUCUCUCUCUCUCUCCUCAAAAUUCAAAUCUUCUCCAAAAAUGCCAUACACAGAGCAGAGCAGAGCAGAGCAGAUAUAAAGCUUCCCAUAGAUUAGGGUUUCCAUAUUCCCUCUCUUUCUCUCUACCUAUCCAUCAAAUCACCUCUCUCCGAUCUCGAACUGCUGGAAUGCUUCUUCCCAUUUCGCCCUUUCCGAAACCCUAAUUUUCCGAGAAAGCUCGAGAUUUAGGGCUCCGUGCACCGUGAGAAUGCCCGUCGUAGAGAGAACCAGCAACGGAAGCACCUCAAACUGUUCUCCCGAGAAGACAGAAGCGUUUAUUACCUACAAGCGGCGGAAGCAUGCUAUGCUAUGUGCGGAUGGAAAUCUGCAUGGAGAUGGAGGCUUUGGUACCGUAGCAGGCCGGGUAUCAGAAAAGACCACAAAGGAGCCACAUGACAUGGUGUUGCGCAAUAAUGGUAAUAAUGAGGAAGUUGUUCUUCCUAGAGUGGAGUUUCCCAUCCCCGCGGAAUGUACAAACGGAUCUGUACGUGGACACUGGAAAAAUGUACUGGAACACAUAUUACAGUUACCUGAUGUGAACGAAGGUGGCAUUCGGAGCUGCAUCUGUGAUGCACUUGCAUCGAGCCAUUUUGGGUUUACCAGAAAGUUCAAGAUGCAUGCUAUAAAGCAAACUGCGCAGCCCAAGGAACCUAUAUAUCAGAACGGGGAUAUGCAUAAGUGCCUUAGUGAAUCAACGAGUGAAGCUCAAAUAUCCGACAAUUCUGGGAAUGCUGCAAAGGUGCAUGAGCAGGUUAUUUCAGAUGGAUCUCAGAAAGCGACAAAUGAUGGAACACAUGUUCAUGCUGUCACGGAGCAAUGUCGGAGUGUUUUCCUUGAUGUUAUAGUCUCGGAUGAAUUCUUUUUGUUGUGUAAUUUCCUGUGUGGAAACUUCCAAGGCAUUAAGGCUGACCACAUUUUUGACUUCGGCACCAUCAACUCAAGGAUGAAAAAUGGGCAGUAUGAACACUCGUCUGAACUUUUGGCUUCAGAUAUUCAACAGGUAUGGAAAAAGUUUGAAAAGAUAGGUGAGGAAAUGGUUCGUAUUGCAAAGAGCCUUUCGAGUAUAUCACAGGCUUCCUACCUUAAGCGUGUAGGAGACUCGAUAGAUGGUGCCAGUGUAGAAUGGAAGGACAAGGAGAUCAGUCAAGUUGGUAAUGACCAAAGGGAUUCUGUGGAUGCGGACAGCUCAAAACAGUGUCCCUCUUUUGAAUUGGAUCUGUACACUAAACCAGAGCAAACUGAAGCCAGUGGCUUACAAAAAUCAUGCACCUGCAGGCAGUGUGGUGCUGCCGAAGCAGAUGGUGAGCGCAGGCUCGUCUGCGAUAGUUGUGAAGCAAUGUACCAUAUCACCUGCAUCAACCCCCCUCUUGAAGAGGUUCCCCCUCAACUCUGGUAUUGUGCCGCCUGCUUAGAGAAUGGGAAACAGUCACCGGAACCUGACUUGACCCAUAACCCAGGAGAUGGUUUGCACCAAAAUUGUGUGGUAUGUGAGAGGCUCAAGGAUUCUGGGACCCAAAAGUUCAGAGGUGGGAAUGACAUGGAGACGACGGCAAUAUCCGACGACUCAGAAGAAACCUCAGAUGGUAGUAGCACAGAAGCCAACAGGCAGCUGCAGUUGUCCCGAGGGAGUGCAAGCUUGCGCCUGUGCAAGGUCUGUAAAAUUGGUGAAGAGGAUGGUUUGAAGUUCAUGAUCUGCGAACACGAGCACUGCCCAUACAAAUACUACCAUACCAGGUGCUUGAGAAGCAAGCAGAUGGCGUGUCCUCAUUCCCGUUGGUACUGCCCGUCUUGUCUUUGUAGAAGUUGCCUUUUCGAUAGAGACGACGACAAGAUAGUGCUGUGCGAUGGUUGUGACGAGGCGUACCACAUUUACUGCAUGGUUCCGCCAUUGAUGUCAAUACCAAAGGGGAAUUGGUACUGCAUAUUUUGCACUAUUGAGAUCAGGGCAAGGCAGCGGAUGAGGUUGAAGUGUGAUGAGGCUGGUGCGAAGAAACAGAAGAAGGGCAAUGCAAGGAGAGGGAAUGAGGCAGCAGGGUCGGUGGAUAUGCUUUUGUGCGCAGCCGAGAAGCUGAGUUCGGAAGAGAAACCAGCUGCACCUGCUACGAGGAGGAAGAACAGAUAACAGGAGAAGAACUGGGGCUGUUGUGUUCUAUUAUUCAUUUGUUGUGACUGUAUUUCUAUGGCAAGGAUCUUCUUUAAUUGUACAUUUUGGGUGUAGACUGCAGUGCUAAAUCAGCUCUUCUCCACUUCUCAUUCUA